AGUAUGGAUGAUGUGAACGGGUAUGAACCUCGGUGAACAGUCAAUGUCAAAUGAUAAUUGAUAGAGACUGAAGAGUGAAUCAGUGUAGUGAAACAGUGUCGGUAAAACCUCCACAGUUGUUGGUAGCCUGUAUACUUUAAGUUUUGACUUUGUAGUGGUAUUCAUAAAAUAUGAUUCAAGUUAUUUUAUACAUAUAAAGUUAUCGUGUCACAGCGCUUCAAUAUAUAAGUUCGAGUAACCAAUUUAUUUGUUACUGUGUACACUGCCUUUCUAAGCAAAAAGUUUUGCUUUUAGAUUUAUGAAAAAUUUGACACAUCUCCACGUGGUGUCUGCCACGAUUUUGUGCUACGUUUUCAAUUCUUCAUAUUUACUACGAUUAUUUAUUAAUUUUAAACUCGAAAAUAUUUUAUAGCCGAAAAUGGAGUCGUUAAAUUUGUCUAAAUUGAAUUUAUCUAGCGUGCGAGGUCAUGCAUCUGAUGAAAAUAAAUCUAAAGCUGAAGUUCCUGAUGAUUCUUUUUCGGUGUUUGUUCCUGACAAUGAUUAUGAGUGUGAAUACAAUGAUGCAAUCUGGCAGAACCUUUUAGAACAAGAUGCAGAGAGGCCCACUAUACACUUACAGUCACCUCAGCUCCAGUUCCGCGGCGCGUUGGUUCAGCAGCUGCGUGCGGUGAGCCGGCAGCUAGAGCUGGGAGUGGGCACGUUGCAUGCCGCCGUCGCGUUGCUCGACCUGUUCAUGGAUGCGCACCGACUUCGACCUGACCGCCUCACGCAUGUGGCUCUUGCCUGCCUCUCGCUUGCAGCCAAGAGCGAGGAGAAAAUGAGCCGCGCGCCCACCGUGAAGUCGCUGUGCCAGGCGAGCGGCGUGUCGCUGUGCGGGCGCACGUUCCGGCAGGUGGAGUGGACGGUGGGCUCGCACGCGCGCUGGCGGCUGCUGGCGCCCACGCCCGCCUCGUUCGCGGCGCUGCUGGCGCCCCAGCUGCUGCGGGGCGACGACCCCGGGCCACGCUCGUACCCCGCGCGCCUGCGACGUGACGCCGCGCGGCUGCUGCACGACUACCUCGACUUGACGCUCUCAGACGUGCGGCUGACUGUAUUGGAGAGCGACGUGGUGGGCAGCGCCUGCGUGGCGUGCACGCGGGCUGCGCUCGGCCUGCCCGCCUGGCCGCCCUGGCUGGCUGCGCGCGCGCACCGCCCGCCCGACCGCGUGGCGCCGCUGGCCCGCCUACUGCACAGGAUGAUGCAGAUCAAGACACGCGAGAAGUCAGACGGCCAGUAUCACCCCGCGCAAACACAGGCCCCCGCCCGCGACUUGCACGAUCGCUUCGACGCAACAAGCGACUUCGCAGCGUGUCGAACGAGUCGUCUGAUCGAAGCUAGCAUCGAACCCGCGACCAACCUGGCGGUGAAGCGCAGCCGAGACGCGGACAUGGAUGUGGAGCGAAAACGAUAUCGCGUCGCCGGUCACGCCCACUACUCGCAGACCGUGCAGUGACUGUGCGCGUAACCGCGAUGUGGAGGUGGUGGGGGCUCAGUACUACAGUCAGCUCAUCGCGGUCGACCAUUUUUUGUUUGUAUUUAUACAUAUGUCCAGUGCGACUUAUGUUGCUUAAUUUAUUGGAUCAAAUGUAACCAAAUAAUUUUGAGGUUGUACUUCAGGAUAUCAAGCUAGUUUUGUGUAACACAUUACAACUAAUGAAAGCCUCUCAAUGUCGAAUAAAUGUUAUUCAUUUAACCUGUUAACUGUAAUAGAUAUUUAUUAUGUGCAACGAGUAUAUUUAUUUUUGUGAUCUUAUGUAACAUUUGUAGCUCAUUUUGUGUGAAUUAAUUUGUAUUGUUGUUCUGUCUAUUAUUAGUUAAGUUAGGUAAAAUUGCGUUGUUAUCAAAAAUGUAUUGAUGCAGUGUUGAUCGUUAUAUCGAGAUGUAUGGGGUGGUGCCUGACCCCGGGAGAUAAGAGAUAACAGUUGUGUCAGAUGUUAUCGCUGCGAGCGGCGAUCGUAUCGAUACGCUGUGUGUUGUACAUAAUACUAUGUUAUCAGGGGCGUGCAUUUUAUAUAGGCAAUUAGGCAGUGCCUACCUCGCUAUAAACCUAAAUAAAUAUUGUUCAAGUCAUGGGUACUUUCAAAAAAAGCGCGUACACCUUCCUUAAACGCCGCCAACGCUCUUGUGAUUCCUCUGGUGUUGCUAGAGAAUGUGGGCGGCGGUGAUCACUUAACACCAGGUGACCCUAACUCGGUUGUCCUCCUAUUCCAUAAAAAAAAAGUUAAUUUAGUUAAAUUUUCUAUAAACUAAAACUUCUAUUGAACAUCCACUCAUAAAAUUUUUCCUUACGCUAGAUACUAGAUAGCUACGGUAAGAAAUCUUUGCAUAUUUCAAAGCUCAACUACGACUAGUUAGAUCCACAGUGCCUACCUUGCCGGAAAACCAAUGCACGCCCCUGUAUGUUAUAAUGACUAGACUGUUGACUGUUUUGUAUGUAUAUAUGGUUACAGAGCGAAGUUAUUUAUUGUGUAGGAUAAUGUACCGAUCUCCGCUCAUCGCGUUGCGGGUGAGCCUACUGUGUAUAAACCAUACACUUAGAGUACACUAGCGUAUAGACGAACUGACACUCCGAUAAUUUGGACUAACUAUAAUUAGAAAAUUUAUUGAAUCAGGCGUUACUUUGCGGAAAUCCAUAAUUAUACAAAUUAUUUAAGUUUUCUUUGGUGUUAAUUCCGCCAAUAUUUGUUUUUAAAACAAUUCGACACGUGUUUCGCCUCUAUACGAGGCAUCCUCAGGACGUGUUCUCUCGCCAAAAUCUGGCAGUCUCGUGCCAGAUUUUGAAAAUCAUUUGUAUAUAAUUGUCAAUGUGUGUGUUAGCUGUCCGUUAACUAUUCAUAAUACUAAAGUCAUAUCAAGUUUGGUUAACUAUUUACGACAUGGCAAUCAAAAUCGGUUUUCUAAAGAUUCUUGCUGUCUCCGGUAUAGAUGUUGCUCUCUCUCUCACAGUCUCUCAAACGCAUUGUUUGACUAUACGCUAGUAUAUUAUAAGUUUGUGGUAUAAACUAUGUUGUGUUUGAUUGUUUAUAACUUAUUAUGUUCGUCGCAACACAUUAUAAAUGUGAACGCGCGGACAGACCGUCGCGAUGUAUACAAGUAUUAGAUUAAAUUAAUAUUGUUAAUGGUCGGGCUCCGGGCUCCGACCAAGUUAUAACAUGUGUUACCAUCCAUCGUGCGUGUGUGUGUGAGCGCGGUCGAGCUUAUUGUUUCAAUAUGAUUGCUGUGUGUGUGUGUGUACACACAGCGACCGUAUUAACACGAGCGGAAGACCGCAUAAGAGACGACGCGGGCCGGCUCGUCUUUCAAUUUAGAUUAUAAUUUUAUUACGGCCAAAUAAUUUACUAAGUAUACCAUCAAUUUAGCAGAAAACAUGAGCCGACCCGCCCUCAGAAUGUAUUUAGAUAUAAUUGAGAGUAGCGAGCGAUACACAAUAUAAUAUUGUGGACUUAAGACUGAUCGACAUAACUACUGUGUAUGACACGUGUUGACACGAGACAUAGUGUAGCGAGCAGGGAGGACUGGGCGACGUGAAAUAAAACUGAUCACUUUAUAAAA